AUGGACAAGAGCUUAAUACCUGAAGUUCGGAGUAGUCUUGAGAGUACGCAAAAUUUACAGAAGGAGAAUAUUACUUUACAGGAAAGGCUUGAGAUGCCAAGCCAGCGUCGUUUUGAGACUAAUCAAGAUAAUUAUCUUGAGACUCCAAGUGAAGGAAAUUCUUUGCAACAUAGGCAAAGAAGGAACUCAAUAAUCUUUAGUGACAAAAAUGAUGAAAAUAUCACAAAUGAUAACUCUCACAAGCAAUUUACUCAGCUUGGAGAAGAUCCUUCUCUAUGCCACUUAAUCCUAGAUUCAAAUCGUGAUACAGAACAUGAAUCAAAGACUAUCCUCAAUGAAAAUCUCAAAAAGCAUUUCUACGAAAGAGAAUCUAAACCACACAAAGAGCAGAAGCAGAAGGCUUCAGUGCUUAAUGAAAUCAGGGAUGAGAAUAACUACAAAAAUAUAUCUGAUAAAGAAGAGAGAGCUUUCUCCCUCAGUAAUAAGCAUUAUAAGACAAGGCUCCAGCUUCAAGAAUUUAGAGAUAAAUAUAUUGCAGAUAAAUAUUAUGAUGACACAAGUUCUUGUACAGAUUUGUCAGCCCAGAAACCUACCAGUGUAGGUCAGAAUAGAAGCUGUGCCAGUAAUGAGAACGCAUUCGGACAAAUCAGAGGAUGCCGCACAAUUGACUUACAAGGACCCAAACUAUCUGAAGCAUCCUAUAUUCCUUCUCAGAAAUAUAUUAACAUCAAUAAUUUACCUGAAAAUUCUGAAAGAAAAAUUAUCAGUUUAAAGCAGACUCCAUCAAGUUCUAAAAGUGGAAAACUUUCUUCAAGGAAAACGCAAAAUGCUGAAAAUUCAAACCAGUUGCAUAAAUCUUAUCAAAAACCUAAAGAAGAGCGAAUCAAAAUAAAAUAUCUGAGUGAAGAACGGAAUAGGAGUAACACACGGCAAUUCCAGAGUACCAUGUCUGACUUCAGUCGUUCCAAAUUUGACACUCAGUCUAUUACUACAACAAACCCUUUUGCUAAGAACUGAACUACAAAGUUAAACAAGUCUCUGGAGAAUUUCCAAAAUCCGAACCAAAAUCAUAACAAGAAUGCAAAUUCUGUAUAUUCUACAGUGAAAAAGAAUGUGUAUACCAGGAAGAAUUUCACAACUGACUUCAAGCCGAAACCAUCGUAUAAGUCUAUUAAAAAGCCAUCUUCAGAUAAGCAUCCUUCAAAAUACCCGAUGAAAUCAAUUUCAAAACAUGAAAGCAGGAAAGAAUUUGCAGAGAAAAUUAUCUCUGAUUACAAGAUCUCUGGCUAUAAACCUUUCGCUGGCUCUAUUGUUGACAGCAAACUUGCUUACAUGAAUAUUGCUAAGGCUCCUCAGAACUCUGAAAGUGAUUAUAAAGAUAAAGAAAAUGGGUCUAGUUCCCUCUACGAGAAAAUUCAGACUAGAAUAACCCAAAAACCAAUUUUUGAAACAGAAACCUCCCAAGAACUCGAACUAGACAUUGGAAUCCCCUCUCGACUCCAAAAAGACAGAGAAGACCAUAAAAUCCUCAACCACAUCAGAUGCCAAAGAUGUGCCUUACUCGAAGAAAAAUUAACCGUUCUCACCAGUCAAUACAAAUAACAAACUCACCGAUCUCACCGAGAAGCACAAAAUCAGCAUGCUUGAAAAAGAAAAUGAGUUCCAAAAAUAGCCUACAGCAGAAAGAACUUGACUGGAACAAGCUGCACUUAAGAACAAAGGAAAAAUGUGAAGCCAAGAUUAAUAAAAUGUUAGACUUUGUAAAGCAGAAUAUGACUGAGAAGAGAGGUACUAGGGAGUCCUUACCGCCUAGGAUCAGGGAGAACCCGAAGAGUGUCAAGUAUUUUAGAGAGGAGUUACUUGAACAAGUGGCGGAUUUGAAGGAGGUUAGGAAGGAUUUAAUGGGAGAAAAUUCGUUGUUGAGGUCGAAAAUUUCGAGGUUAGAGCAGAAGGUUAAGUGAUAUAAGGAAGAGAAGUAUAAGAAAGUGUAUCAGGAAGAAUCUUCGAGCUUGGUCAUCAGUGAUACUGCUAGUUUUAAGAAAAAGCCAAAAAGUGUAGAUAAACAUUCCAAAUCUGUGCUUGAUAAAUAUGAAAGAAUUGAGAAAAAUGAUGAUGAAAAAUGGCAAGCUCAUAAACGGAAAAUAAAAGAAAGAAUUCUUGAGUCAGAUAAUUCUCUUAGUUACUAUAAUCCGCCUGAUUAUCAUGAAGAUUCUGAAGAAGACAGGCCUUCUUAUCAGAUAGGCUCAGACAGUCAAUUAUAUGAAAGGAUCAGGAAGCUAGAGGAGGUUAUUCUCAAAAAGAAAAAGCAUAAAUAUUAAGAACAUCAAUAUUCACUUAGAAUAAUG